AUGCCAUUUAGGACAAAGGGACUUUGCUGUGGAGGAAGUGUGUGUGUGAGCAGACAGAGUAGGAGGAGCAUAAGGGAGAGUAUAAAGUCAAAGGCCAGGUUUGCUCCUGUGUGUGCCAUCAGCAGGCAACUGGAGGUGAUGAGACAUUUUGUGGGCUGGGUGUCGCUAGCUGUCUGCAUGCAUGGACUGAAUGCAGAAUUGGUCUCUCAUUUACAUCCUCCAAAACAAGAAAUUUCUAUUGCUAACUGUGUCUUUCCAUUCAUCUAUGGUGGUGAAUUCCACUACAGUUGUAUCUCCGACUACAGUGACUUUGAUUGGUGUUCCCUUGAUUUUCAGUUCCAAGGAAGGUGGCGUUACUGCACAGCCCUGGAUCCUCCAAUGUGUGUCUUCCCUUUCCAAUUCAGAAAAAAGACUGUCAAUGAAUGCACCAAGGAAGGCUACAUUUUGAAUCGGAGUUGGUGUUCGUUGACCAACAACUACAACAAAGAUAGAAAGUGGAAGCAAUGUUCUCCUCACAAGUAA